GACUUCGGGCUGUCGAGGAUCGGCAACCAAGACAACGUGACACUAAUGACGACUGCUGUUGGGACAGAAGGGUACAUAGAUCCAGAGUGCAGGAAAGCAGGGAAAGUCAAGUUCAACCUUAGCUCAGACGUCUACAGCUUCGGGAUCGUCCUCUUGGACAUCACGUGCAUGGGAAAGUCCAGGGAGCAAGUCUGGGAUCUGUAUGUAAGAGGCAGGGUGAUGGAAGCUGCAGAUGACAGGCUACAUGGUUGUGGCGACUCGGACAUGAGGCAGAUGGAGCGUGUGGCUAUCCUAGGGCUCUGGUGUUCUCUUCCUGACAGUAGGAAGAGGCCUACCAGUAAGGAAGCAAUGGAGGUCCUCGAACGUGGUGUGUCGUUGCCUGACCUUAACCACCUGUUGAACACUACUUCGGUGCCCUCCUCAAUGCAACAAGAUACCUACACUACUAGUAGCUCGGGCCCACAAGCACCGACGUCAGAUGAAAGCCCAUUUGGUGAGCGGCAUGCAUGACUUCUGGGGGUUAAUAAUGCAUUGCAUACUAGUAGUUGCUUCUCUCAUCUACUUAAUGUGUUCCAAUAAGCGUCGUGUUUGUAUGGUUUUACAUUCAUGCCGGAUUGGCCAUAUGUUGUCUGGACGUAAUAUACAGUUACGUGUAACACACUGUAUGUAUGCAUUUGCUUUGCAUUCAUGUUGGUUUGCUGAUAUAUAGAUAUGGAUGUAAUAAGAUGUUAUGUGGCAGAUACAUCGUACGUGUGGUCUUGUUUGCAUUCAUAUUGGUUUAAUAAAGUUGGUUAACUCAGUAAUGGGACUAA